AUAAAAAUAAUUGUUUAUUGUUUUAUUAUAAUAAAUAACCUAGGCUACUGAGGUGAUCUCCUGGGGCUGCAUGUUUUGUAGGAUUUUCAAAGAUAAAAAUAAUCUGAAUAUAUUCAUCUUCCAUAAUAAACAAUGCAGGCACACUGUGUUUUAUUUUUCAUCACGUUAAACUAUUAUUUAUCCUUGUUUGUCAGCAGCCGUCAACUCUGAAUUACGGACCAUCUUCAGCUGUGCCUCGGGCAACGCCUGUGCGCAAUUAUUAUAAAUUACGCGAUGUGGAAUUGUUUCUUCUUUUUUUCCACAGAGACAGUCGCUUUUUAGGAGUUUGGAUUUAGUUAACAUGCUUAAAAAAUGUCUGAGUUUGGAAAGCAGAAAAAAACAAUUACCAACAGGCUACUACUCUUGAAUGCGACAUAAAACGGUCAAUAUUACCUGAGGACUUUGAGCACUUGAAAAGGAUGACGCCUUGCGUUCAGAAUCGCCGGUGUUUUUCGGUGUCUCCUCUCGCUAUAGUUAGAGGUUGUCAUGGUAAACGGCGAGUGGUCGUUAACGGGUAGCUCGGCCCGGAGGUUAAAAGGCGGCAGCGCUGCCGUGCACUGUGUCUCUCAGAGCUGCUCCUCUCGACAUGCCCGCUAGCUGUGGAGGGUCAGUCCUCUGCACACCUCAGGCUAAAACUCAAGACCUGUUUGAAGAGGUAUCGUGUUCGUCGUCGUUGUCUUUGUCGCCAAGCUCUUCACCUCAUACCAUGACAAAGAAAGCCAUAUGUACCAGUUGCGGAACUGAGAUUGUAGAUAAAUAUCUCCUCAAGGUGAACGACAUGUGCUGGCACGUGAGAUGCCUGUCCUGCAGCGUGUGCCAAACAUCUCUGGGCAGACACAUCAGCUGUUAUAUAAAAGAAAAGGAGAUAUUUUGUAAACUGGAUUACUUCAGGAAAUACGGAACACGUUGCGCUCACUGUGGCAGAAACAUCCAUUCAAACGACUGGGUUCGCAGAGCAAAAGGAAACACCUACCACCUGGCAUGUUUUGCUUGCUUCUCCUGCAAGAGGCAGCUGUCUACAGGAGAAGAGUUUGCCCUGGUGGAUGAGAGGGUUUUGUGUCGUGUCCACUAUGACUGCAUGUUGGACAACCUGAAGCGUGCCAUGGAGAAUGGAAAAGGAGUGAAUGUGGAGGGAGCUGUUCCCUCAGAGCAGGAAGUAAAUCAGCCUAAACCGGCCAAGAGGGCACGCACAAGUUUUACAGCUGACCAGUUACAGGUGAUGCAAGCCCAGUUUGCUCAGGACAACAAUCCAGAUGCUCAGACUUUACAAAAGUUGGCAGAAAGGACUGGUCUUAGCCGAAGGGUAAUUCAGGUUUGGUUCCAAAACUGUCGAGCUCGUCAUAAGAAGCAUGUCAGCCCGAACCACUCUUCAGCUGCACCAGUGUCAUCACUGCAGUCGGCCCAUCUCUCUCCUCCACUAAUAGAUGAACUUCAGUACACUGCUUUUGCCCCUGUGGACACACCAAUGCUGACUGCACUACACUCCUACAUGGACGUCCACUCUCCCACUUCCCUGGUGCUGCAGCCACUCCUGCCGCACUCGAUGACACAGCUGCCCAUCAGCCAUGCCUGAGACUUCACUGCAGACCCACCGUCAGGUCAGAGGACAGCAUGAGGAAAUAUUGACUGAGUCUUGAACAAGACCCAUGCUUCUUUCUUUCAUGGGCACUUACUGAAGGAUUUGCAAAGAUCGAAAAAAACGUUUCAGCUUAAUUGUGAGAGUCUGAAGUUUUUGUUUAAUAUAUAUUAUAUUAUCUAUAUAGUGAUGGAAUAAAUGGUGUUUAAUUUAUUUCUUGUAUGUGACUGAGCACUUUGUUUUAAAAUAAAUCUACCAUGGAUUUCUUA